GCAGCGCGGCUGCUUUGGGGCUGCUGCUCCCUGCCCGGCCCCGGCCAUGGGGCGAGGGGCGGCAGCUGGGGCCCUGCUGGUGGCACUGGUGGUGCUGGGAGCCCCCCCGGCUGCGGGUGGGGAGCUCUCGGGGGUGUUCCAGUUCUGGGCAGUGUCACAGUGUCACUUCAUUAACAGCACGCAGAAGAUGAGGUUCGUGCAGAAGUACAUCUACAACCGGGAGCAGUUCGUGAUGUUCGUCAGCGACGUGAGGCACUACGUGGGGUUCACCCUCUAUGGGGAAGGGUGGGCCAGUGACUGGAACAGCAACCCGGCCACACUGGCGUACGCACGGUCUGUGGUGGACAUGGUCUGUCCGUACAACUACGAGGGUGUUCGCCCGUUCAGCGCCGAGCGCCGAGUGCCCCGCAGCGUGUCCAUCUCGCUGGUGCCCCCCUCGAGCUCCCAGCCCAGCCCUGGCCGCCUGCUCUGCUCCGUGAUGGAUUUCUACCCUGCUGCCAUCCAGGUGAGGUGGUUCCAGGGCCAGCAGGAGCUCUCGGAGCACGUGGUGGCCACCGACGUGGUCCCCAACGGGGACUGGACCUACCAGCUGCUGGUGCUGGUGGAAACACCGCCCCGGCGCGGGCUCAGCUACAGCUGCCAGAGAUGCCGCCGGACGCCGCCCGCAGCAAGAUGCUGACGGGCAUCGGGGGCUUCGUCUUGGGCUUCGUCUUCCUGGCGCUGGGGCUCGGCUUCUCCCUGCGC